UACCUCGCUGUGAGCUGGACUUUAGCAAUAGCCCCGCCCACUCGGUUCAAACUCGUGUUCCCUGUUUGUAAGCAUGGCUUCUUCGGCUAAGAGAAGAGCAGUAGGUUUGGCAGAAAAUCCCGAGGAAAGACAAAACAGCUCCGAUGAGAAUUCGGAGGCGGAUGCUGAUUCCGGGGAGGAAGACAGCGAUGCGUCAGAGGAGGAGAUCAACGAGGAGGUCAUGGUUGACUUUGAAGCCCACACCAUCUCGGUCAACGACUUCAAUGGUGUCAAGAGACUCCUACAACAGCUCUUCCUGAAGGCCCAUGUAAAUACUUCAGAAAUGACAGAUCUCAUCAUUCAACAGAAUCACGUUGGAAGUGUCAUUAAGCAAGCCGAGGUGCCAGAUGACAGCGACGAUGACGACCCGGACGAAGUAUUUGGCUUCAUCACUCUGCUCAACCUGACUGAGAGAAAGGAUGUGCAAUGUGUGGAAGAGUUGAAGGAGCUGGUCGUGAAUCAGUGCGAGAAGAACUCCACCCAGAGUGUGACGGAGCAGCUCGAGCAGAUCCUCAAUGACAGCAGCAAGCCUGUUGGGCUGCUUGUGAGCGAGCGCUUCAUCAACGUGCCCCCUCAGAUCGCCCUCCCACUGCACAAACAGCUCCAGGAAGAAUUAGCUGAUGCUCAGAGGACAAACAAGCCCAGUGAGAAGUGUCACUAUUGUCUUAUGAUCAGCAAGACGUGCAAAGAGGCAAACAAGAGUGUUCCAGCCAGAGGAGGAGCUCCCAAAGAUGAAUACUUGUUUGUCAAUGCAGAGGAGGAAUUCUUCUAUGAGCAAGCCAUCUUGAAGUUCCACUACUCGGUCCAGGAAGACGCAGACACCUGUUUGAGUGGCAGGUGGUCAUUCGAGGAUGUCCCCAUGAAACCUUUCAGGACAGUGAUGCUGAUUCCAGCAGACAGAAUGCCUGCCAUCAUGACCAAACUCACAGAAUAUCUAACUGUGUGAACUGAACCAAUAAACUGACGUCCGUGCACACUGAACACCUUCGGGCAUGGAAAUGGUUUACUAUAUUGAGAGACUGGAGAAGAAAAUAUUUUGGUAGCAUAAUCUUGAGUUGUGUAUUAUAAAUCUUAGCUUUAGAACAUGCCGUGCAGGGACUUUUAUAAAAUACAUUUUAGAGAAACUGUUCACUGACAAACUGUACAAAUUCACUUUAAUAUACCCUGCUCAGUCGUACUGCAGAAACAUGCAGUUGUUGUAUCGUGAAUAGAAACAGUUUUAUUUUGUAGUCAAGCCUCAGCUGGUGGAAGAACGCCAUUUGUAAUUGUAUAAUUAUAUAUCUAUAUCUAUAAUUGUGUCGAUUUGAAAGAGGAUCCAGAUUCCCAGCCAAAUUCCACAUACAAAUUCGAUUAAAACGCGUUCAAAUCUUGAUUGGACUUGUGCUUUUCUGGAGCACUUUCCAUAAACCUCUGGAAUCUCUUCUCUAAUAAAAGCAUUGCAUCUA